AUGAGGCUACUCCAAGAAACGGGCUAUGGCCUAGUAACAGGCGACGAUUAUGCUGUUCUAGCCCAAAGAAUUGCGGCCAUCGAAGGAAACGAUGAAGACGAGAACGACAGAAGCAAGAUCUUGUCAGAUAGCUACCGUUUCCAGGGCAUCAUAGGAAGCUAUCUUGGCACUGAGAAGGGCGUUAGCUGCACGAAGAAGUGGAUCGAGCUGCUCGUAGAACGCAUUGCGAAACAUCAACUCAAGGAAGACAUUGAUACCCUACCCAUUGCUUACAAUGAGUACGGUCGGGCUCUAAUGCGUAUUCCGAACGAGAAAAAGGCAUUGCGCUCGUGGGAGGUUUCGAGCGAUAUCAUCACAAAAAGGACUCCACCUGGAGAGUUACCCUUCCCAUUCCCAUGGUUCCAUCGAGCACUCAUCUAUGCGUUUGGAGGGCAAGCCGAUCUUGCAGACAGUCUGAUCUCUCCCAUUCUUGAGCAAAGAGAAAACAAGCUUGGCACAGAUGACACUAAGACCUACGAGUACGUCGCAAAGGCAAAUCGAUUUCCGGAGAAAGCGCUGACCAGUUCAGAACGGGAAUGA